AUCGUAGUCCGUGCUGAAAAAACAUUGUUAUGUGCAGACUGCAGAGUACUAGGCCAAACAAUUACCCGCCAAGCUCAGUUCACCAAAAGCUGUUCAUCUUCUUCAAUUUCUCUCCUUUUUCUUUCUCAACCGCCGACGACGUCGCCGACCUACAAAUCACUAGCGAUCCUUCAACACCCUCUUCGCCGACAACUCCUUUGACAAACUUCAAAGCUUUGCUUAACCUUCAAUACCCUGUUCUCGAUCUUGCAAUUGUUUUCGAUCCAAGGCUUUGUUCUACACUCUUUUUAUAAUAGUGUAAAUUCAUGAGUCCUUUUGUUGUAAAAAUGGAGGAAUCAAGCCCUGCUGAUUUGAAUAGUGAUAACAAUGGUGAGAUUGAAGCUCGAUUCACCGACCUUUGCAAGAACCAAUUUUCGUUGGAUGAAAUGAUGUUUUCGGAUGCAUUGAAAUUGUUUACUGAUAGCAAAAAUAUUUUGUUGAAUAAUGUGUCGCCUAUCGGAAGCACAACGCCAGAGGAAUUAGAGAGAUAUUUUUUUGCCUUUGUUCUCUACACCAGAAAGAGAUUGGGUGAGGAAACUACAAGUGAUAAGAAUGAAGGUGGCAAUCAGAGUGGAGUUACUUUGUGUCAGAUACUAAAAGCCGUGAAGUUGAAUCUUGUAGAUUUCUUCAAAGAGCUUCCUCAAUUUGUUGUUAAGAUUGGCCCAAUCUUAAGUAGCAUGUAUGGUGAAGAUUGGGAGAAGAGACUCGAGGUGAAAGAGUUGCAGGCCAAUUUUGUGCAUUUGAGCCUUUUAAGCAAGUACUACAAGCGAGCAUACCAAGAAUUUUUCAAGACGAAUGAAGCAGAUAAGGAAGUUGCUGAUGCAAGCACCUCCUCCUCUGAUAGCAUUUCAGACUAUUAUAGGUUUGGAUGGCUACUGUUUCUGGCUCUUCGUGUCCAUGCAUUCAGCAGAUUUAAGGACCUAGUAACCUGCACUAAUGGAUUAGUCUCUGUAUUGGCUAUCUUGAUCAUUCACAUCCCUGCUCAAUUGAGGAAGUUCAAUGUUCUUGACUCGCCAUUAUUUGAAAAGAAAAGUGAUCGAGGUGUGAACCUGAUAGUGUCACUUUGCCAAAAAUAUGACACUUCUGAAGAUGAGGUGAAGCAAAUGAUGGAGAAAGCUAAUGAAUUGAUUUUAGAGAUUUUGAAGAAAAAACCAUGUACAGCAUCAGAAUGCAAAAGUGACAAUCUAGUCAACAUUGACCCAGUGAUUGCAGAUAAUUUGACUUACUUUGAAGACUUGUUGGAAGACUCGUCACUUCCCAAUUGUAUUAGCCUGUUAGAGAAGGAUUAUGAUGCUGCAAUCUGGAACAAGGGUGAUAUAGAUGAAAGAGUCUUUGUUAAUAUAGAUGACAGCCUACUUGGAUCAGGGAGUCUUUCUGGAGGUGCCAUUAACAUAAGUGGUACUAAGAGAAAUUUAGAUGUAAUGACCUCUCCAACAAAAACAAUUGGAAGUCCACUUUCACCUUGCCGAUCACCUUCACUUCAUGUAAAUGGGGCUCGUGGUGGUGUCAACAUAAGAAUGAUAUCUACACCAGUGAGCACUGCAAUGACAACUGCCAAGUGGCUUCGUACUUACAUUUCUCCACUUCCAUCCAAGCCAUCUCCUGAGCUGGAGAAGUACUUUAUGUCAUGUGAUAGGAAUAUAAGUAAUGAGGUUGUACGUAGAGCUCAUAUUAUUAUGGAAGCCAUUUUUCCUAAUAGUGCUCUUGGGGAGAGAGGUGUUUCUGGGAGUCUACCAAAUUCUAACUUGACGGACAACAUAUGGGCACAACAAAGACGGCUGGAAGGUUUAAAACUGUACUACAGGGUUUUAGAAACAAUGUGCACAGCAGAGGCUCAGUUGUUGCAUGCAAAUAAUUUGACCUCUUUGCUAACCAAUGAAAGGUUUCACAGAUGCAUGCUUGCGUGUUCUGCAGAACUGGUUUUGGCCACUCAUAAGACAGUGACAAUGUUGUUUCCAGCAGUAUUAGAGAAAACUGGCAUUACAGCUUUUGAUCUUAGUAAGGUGAUUGAAAGUUUUAUCAGACAUGAGGAUUCUCUUCCAAGAGAGCUUAGAAGGCAUUUAAAUUCCUUGGAAGAGAGACUUUUGGAGAGCAUGGUUUGGGAAAAGGGUUCCUCAAUGUACAAUUCUUUGAUUAUUGCGAGACCAGCUCUGUCUGCUGAAAUAAAUCAUUUCGGAUUGCUGGCUGAGCCAAUGCCCUCCCUAGAUGCAGUUGCUGUACAUAUUAACAUAUCCACUGGAGGCUUACCUCCUCUGCCAUCAUUUAAAAAUGAGACUGCAGCAGCAACAAAUGGAGAUAUUAGGUCUCCAAAAAGAGCUUGCACAGAGUAUCGUAGCAUUCUUGUAGAGCGCAGCUCUUUUACAUCACCUGUUAAGGAUCGUUUAAUAAACAACCUCAAGCAGAAGUUAACUCCUCCAGCUUUGCAGUCCGCUUUUGCAAGUCCAACAAGGCUGAGUCCUGGUGGUGGAGGAGAAACUUGUGCAGAGACUGGGAUCAAUAUAUUCUUCAGUAAGAUUGUGAAGUUGGCCGCUGUCAGAAUAAAUGGUAUAAUUGAAAGGCUAGAAAAGCCUGACAAGCAAUCUGAGACUCAACAAUUGAGGGAGAGUGUAUACUGUCUGUUCCAGAAAAUUCUUAAUCAGCGGACCUCACUAUAUUUCAAUCGCCACAUUGACCAAAUAAUCCUGUGUUCUGUCUAUGGAGUUGCAAAGAUUUCUCAAUAUGAGCUUACAUUCAAGGAGAUUAUUUUAAACUACCGCAAGCAGCCUCAAUGUAAACCCCAUGUUUUUCGCAAUGUAUUUGUUGACUGGUCUUCUUCACGCAGAAAUAGACAAGGGCAGGAUUAUGUUGACAUCAUAACAUUUUACAACGAGGUGUUUAUUCCUUCUGUGAAGCCUCUUCUCGUUGAGCUUGGCCCUCGUGCUGCAUGCACGAGAACUGACUUAAUUCCCGAAAGUAAUAAUGACAAAGAUGGUCAAUGCCCUGGAUCACCGAAAUUAUCUACAUUUCCAAGUCUUCCUGACAUGUCUCCGAAGAAAGUGUCAAAGAAUGUCUAUGUCUCCCCAUUGCGCUCAUCCAAGAUGGACGCUCUAAUUUCAAACAGCUCUAAGAGCUACUAUGCUUGUGUGGGGGAAAGCACUCAUGCUUUUCAAAGCCCUUCCAAAGAUCUGACUGCCAUAAAUGAUCGUUUGAAUAGGAAUGUUAGGGGAGCACUGAAAUUUGAUACUGAUGCUGGCCUGGUAAGCGACUCUCUUGUGUCAAACAGUCUAUACAUUCAGAAUGGAAACGGUGCCACUACCUCAUCUGCAGCGCCUUUGAAAACAGAACAGCCUGAUUCUUAGUUAAGCGAUUGUACACGAAUGAUGUAUAUUCUAGACUCCUUACACUUUUUUUUUUCUUUUUUACUUAAAAGCCAGACCUGAAGUGAAAGAGCUCUAUGUUUUUAGCAUAGCUGCCAUCACUUUCAGAAGCUUGUGUAUUAUCAUUUUUUGUUAAUAGUAGUUUUAUGUUAUCGGUUGCCUUUGUUUUUCUGAA